CUUUCCCCGCUGAAAGAAAAAAAAAAAGCCUUCCUUUAAUCUAAACGGUGCUAAUUCUUAUAGGAUACUUCUUUUGGUAUGCACUGUGAAUUACGUAGUGAUUGUGAAACCAGUCAAUCAGCAUUUUCAAAUUCUUCUCAGCCUACAUCAUUUAAAACCAACCACGCCCAUGACAUACAUGGAAACAGACCUGUUAUACCAGUCAUCAAGUCCACCCACACUAGGUUUAAAAUAAAAGUCUUGUAUUUUGGAAAACUAGGUUGUUUCAUGAUCUACAGGGACCUUGGCCUUCCUUCCCUGCCAUGGCUACAUUCAGCUGCACUUCAGAUGACUUUUCAUGCCCUGUGUGCUUGGAAAUACUGUCCGACCCGGCUACGAUUCCUUGUGGUCACACCUACUGCCUUCAGUGCAUCCAGAAACAUUGGGAUAAAGCUUCUAAGGGUCAGUACUCUUGUCCUCAGUGUAGACAGGUAUUCAAUCCCAGGCCCUCUCUGGGAAGAAACAACAUGUUGAUGGAAGCAAUGAAGAAACUUCAAGUAGUAGAACAGGACAAGUCCUUAGCUGUGUGUUCUUCUCUAAAUCCAUGUGCUGUCGUGUCAGUGAACCCUCCUCUCCAGCCAGCAGCAGAAAGGUCUGAUGGAACUACAGGACCUGAUGAAAACACAACAGUGCAGGGAGGAUUAUAUCCUCAGCUACCUUCCACUUCACCCAAGUUGUGUCCGUUACACAAACAAGUGCUGGAGUUCUAUUGCCGUGAUGAUAAAGAAAUUGUUUGUGAUGAAUGUAGCCUCAUAGAACAUAAGGGUCAUCGAGUGGUGAAUCCAGAUGAAGAAAUUAAGCAAGAGCUGUCAGAAAUGAAAGCGAAGAUACUAGGAAGUAUUCAAGAAAGAGAGAGGAUCAUUCAGACUCUACCACAGAUUUUUCAAGCUAAGAAGACUGCCAUUCAGGGGCUGCAGACAGAAAAUCUGGAGGUUUUUGGUGAAGUGAUGAAGAGUGUGGAGUUGAUGAGUUCACAAGUAAAUGAACUCCUUCAGGGCUAUGAGGCCUCCAGUUACCAACGUAUAGAGAACCACGGCUAUAAACUACAGGAGGAGAUCAACCAACUAUACAAGCAAGAUGUAGAGCUAAACAGACUAUCUAUGUCUCAGGACUCCAUUCAAUUUCUAAAGACACUUGACACUACAGAAUGUGUGGAUGUGGUUGGAAAUGCACAGCUGGAGAUUGUACCCCCAGAGUCAGUAGAGUCUGGGAUCAGAUCAGCUCUUGGAGCUUUCAGAGUGGGACUACAUGACCUUUGUAAAGGAAGCCUGGCAAAUAUCUUCAGAGCUGUGAAUGAUGCACAAACAGCAACAGCACAAAAUUCUCAGGCAGCAGAGAAAUGUCCUGAUCCCAAUAAUUUGCAGGCUGCUUCACAAAAUACAGCUCUUGAAAUGACGUCUGGAUCCAACAACAGUGACAAACCUAAAACCACAUCUCUUCAGCAUCCUGCAGCAUCCUCUGCCAAUUCAGAGAGGAAAUUGACUUCACUAUGUACAGAAAAUCCAGCACCUAAAUCAAGGGAGGAAAUGCUAAAAUUCCACUUUGAGCCCACAAUGGACCGCAACAGUGCUCAUCGUCACAUCCGCUUGUCUGAUGGAGAUCGCAAAGCCACUCUCCGUGCAGAAAAUCAGAAUUACCCAGAGCACACCGAACGCUUUGUCUUCUGGAGGCAGGUCAUAUGUCAGGAGCCUUUGGCAGGAAGCCCUUAUUACUGGGAGGUGGAAUGGACAGGACAGAAGGUCACUAUUGGUGUAACCUAUAAAGAUAUUAAGCGCUCCACAGCAGAUGACAGCUCCAGACUGGGCCAUAAUGAGUUUUCAUGGAGCCUGUACUGGUCAGGCACAGCCUUCUCUCUGUGGCAUGCAGGAAAGGAGACCUUGCUUGCUGCUCCUAAAGCCCGACGCAUUGGGGUCUAUUUGGACCAGCAGGCAGGCCUUGUGUUCUUGUGCCUGAUUGGAUGUUCUCUCGCAGACGGUGCUGUAUACAGUUGGAAUGGCCCCGGAGAUCCGAUUCAGCCUGAUCCUGGCACUGAAAAUGCUUGUCUCACUGACACUGAAUCCUGUAGCUGCUGCCUUAUGCAAAAGCAGAUGAAAAGAAUGGAGAGUUUCUUCAACAUGAGUCUGAAUGAUAUGCGCAAGGGUCUGGAGAAAGCUGAAACCGCAUUGAACUAUGUGCGCUCCAGCCGCAGUGCCUUUUCAGUGGCACUGACUGACACUCGUCGAUGUGUUAGCUCCACUCGGGAUGACAUGGUUGUGAAGUACCAGUAUAUAUUCAUUAACUUAGGUGACAGCUACAAUGUUAGCACAGGCACCUUUACAGUCCCACGCUCAGGGGUCUAUUCGCUGGCUCUUACAAUGUACAGUGAUGCUGGUGCCCCUAAUGCUCUCCUGGCUGCCUGUGUUCAUUUGCGUAAAAAUGGUCGCAUGGUUGCAGCACUCAAUGAGUACAACACACAAGACCAGGAGGACAGCGCUACCGUCGUCCUGCCACUACAGAUGGAGACUGGUGACAAGGUGGAAGUAACUCUCCUUGCUGGAUGCACCCUGUGUGAUGACAACAGCCAUUACAACACGUUCAGUGGCUUUUUGCUUUAUGCAACCGAUUAAAAGUGGUUCAUUCUCUGAUCUUAUGUCUGUGUUUAGAACAUUGUAUUGAUCCUCAUGAUUUUUCAAAAUCAAGGCCAUGCAUCUGUUAACUCCCAUAUCUAAUUCCUGAUCUGAUAAUCAUUUUGUUUGGUUUUCAGUUUAUAAUUGAGUUUCAGGUUCAACAUGG